GAAUCGGCGACACAAAAUCAAAUGGGCACGAGGAGAAACUGUUUCAUCAAUGGAGUACAAAUAGAAGAUUGUUUCGGUUUUACUACAACGUCUUCUUCUUCCUUACCCAUAAUGGAGUUUUUGUACAUAUUAUUUUUCAUCUCCAUUUUUCUUCCUUUAAGCUUUUCUCUCAACCUUGAAUCUCCCGAUCUCAAUGAAACCACCUCCAUUUCCCUUCAUACCAAUCAUACUUCUUCACUCAGACACCAAAUUCUCGACCUCGCCAAUCAUCCCACCACUGUAAAUUGGAUGAAGACCAUAAGGAGAAAAAUUCACGAGAACCCAGAACUUGCUUUUGAAGAAUUUGAAACCAGUAGGCUUAUUAGACAGGAGCUUGACAAUCUCCGUGUUUCUUAUCGAUGGCCGGUCGCCGGUACCGGCGUUGUGGCUUUCGUUGGCUCUGGUUCUCCUCCCUUUGUCGCUCUAAGAGCUGAUAUGGAUGCUUUGCCUAUUGAGGAAUUGGUGGAAUGGGAACAUAAGAGCAAAGUUGAGGGGAAAAUGCAUGCUUGUAGUCAUGAUGCUCAUGUUGCUAUGCUCCUUGGUGCUACUAAGAUUCUGAAUCAACUGCGACAUAAAUUACAGGGCUCUGUUGUUCUUGUAUUUCAGCCAGCGGAGGAGAAAGGAGGAGGAGCAAAAGACAUGAUAAAUGAAGGUGCGCUUGAUGGUGUAGAAGCUAUAUUUGGACUGCACGUCGUGCAUAAAUAUCCAGUGGGCGUUGUCGCUUCACGCCCUGGCGAGUUUCUUGCAGGGUGUGGAAGCUUCAAAGCAAAGAUAAAGGGGAAAGGGGGUCAUGCAGCAAUUCCACAGGAUUCAAUUGAUCCUAUUUUAGCAGCUUCGGCAGCAAUUAUAAGUUUGCAAAGCAUAGUUUCAAGAGAGAUCGACCCUUUAGAUUCUCAGGUGGUUUCUGUGGCCAUGGUUCAAGCAGGAACUGCACUCAAUGUCAUCCCGGAGUCCGCAACUAUUGCUGGUACCUUCAGAGCUUUCAGCAAGAAGAGCUUUAAUGCUCUAAGAGACAGGAUAGCAGAGGUCAUUAAUGGGCAGGCUGUGGUGCAUCGGUGCACGGCGGAGAUUGAUUUCCUAGGCAAGGAACACCCAACAAUUCCUCCAAUGAUAAAUGACGAGAAAAUAUAUGAACAUGUUCGACGUGUCUCCAUGGAAAUUGUAGGAAAAGAAAAAACAAAAGUAUCUCCAAGCCUCAUGGGAAGUGAAGAUUUUGCUUUCUUUGCAGACAAAGUGCCAGGAUCUUUCUUAUUUCUUGGCACAUAUAACGAGAGAAUCGGAGCUAUACAUCCUCCACACAGCCCUCAUUAUAAAAUUGAUGAAAAUGUGCUUCCAAUUGGCGCAGCAAUUCAUGCAGCAGUGGCAUAUUCGUAUCUCUUGAAUUCAUCAUCAACAUCCCAUUCUUUCUUUGACCACUGAAUAAUUGUCAGUGCAUCUUAUAUCAUUUCUUUCGUUUCCCCAUAUUCUACAAACUUGAAUAGGGAAAUUUCUUUUACUUAUUACAAGAGAGUUUUGCUUUCAGUUUCUUCCAUCAAUGUCAAUACCAAUAAGUCGUUCGGAUUGUGGAACAUUGUUUUAUACAUAUCAAAAGAAAAACCAGCAAACAUAAAGCCUGAUGAAACAACACCAAGAAGACAACAGAAAUGAAAAACAGCCAUGGAAUAUGUAUACAACAUCUCAGAUUCUUUCCUUGACAAUGAACAUGGCAAGAACUAGAAGGAUAAACAGGAGGCCAAGCAACAACGAUGGCCUCGGCUGUGAAUAUGAGCUUAUUAUCCAUGUGUACAAGUGUGUUGUAGUGUUAGUGGGCUUCCGAGAAGUACAAAUUUUCUAAGUUGGUCGACAUUGUUGGAUUUUUAUAAUAUUGUCAAGAAUUGGGUGAACUUAGAUUAACAAAA